AGAAUAUUCCCCUUUUUUUAAGCGAAAGACUCCGGCAAGAGAGAAGCGAGGAAAAAACGGACUCGCGAGCUGAACUGAAUUGAGUUCACCAUUAGCACUUCUGCUAAAACCCUAAACCCUUAGCUACUCUUUGCCAUAUCUGUCUGUCUGUGUAUAUCAUAUAAUCAUACUACAAUUCAUACGAUGCGCCCGGUCUUCAAUCCUCGACCUAAUAAGCAGGUCAUGGAAUCUAAUAACAAGUUUCAGACAAACCCCACUAGUUUAUUGCCUCAAAUGGGUUUAAUCAGCCCUUCAAAUUUGAACAACAAUAAUUUCUUGAAUCUUCCUAAUAAUCAGUUUUUCCCGAAUGGUAUGUUACCUUUAGGCCAGUUUCCGAAUGGGUUUGUUCCUCAAAAUUUUAACAUGGGUAUGAAUCAGUUUAAUUUGCCUCAGUUAAAUGGCCAGAUUUUACCCCAAAAUUUGAUGAACCAGGGUGGGGGUAUUAGUUUUCCAAAUGGGCAGUUUUUUGUGCAGACUCCGAUGCAAAAUAUGGGUCAAUUUGUUCAAAUGCCUAUGGGGUUGAGUGCACCUUUUCUUCAAAAUCAAGUUAGGGGUCCCCAGAAUCCAGCCUUUAACGGUAAUCAACAGUUUGGGGUGUUGAAUUUUAAUGGAGUCUCAGUGCAAAGUAAUCAACAGCAGAAUGCAGCUAAUGGUAAUCAGCAGUUACAAGGCAACUCGCCUGUGCAGCCCCCUUUUGGUUCGGUUCAAUCCCAGCAAACUCAGAAUUUGCAGCCUCAGGUUUUUAAUAACCAACAGGGCAAUCCAAGAAACGAUAGUGUCAUUAACAAUGUGGCUAACAAUGGGAGAAAUUCUCAAAGCAGGAACUUUGGAAGGCAUCCAAGACAGGAUAGAUCACCAGGAUUUGGAAAGUCCCAGAACCAUCACGUGCAAAAUGGCAAAGGAAAAUUCAAGAAUGGACGUGGGGCAAAAUCAGACUUGUCAUGUCUUAAUAGUACGUCUCGGCCAAUUUACAAGUUGCAGUUCCCUACUUUAGAAAGUUAUCAAAAUGAAAGGAAAUUUGGUCUUCCUGAUCCUAGCAAUGGAACUCAGGUGGAGAAGAAAAAAUUUCUGCCUCUAAACUAUACGGAACAAGAAAUCAAGCAGUGGCGUGAAGCAAGGAAAAGACAUUAUCCAUCAAAAAGCAAUAUAGAGAAGAAAUCUAAGAAAAAGAUGGCAGAGUCGGAGCUUGCUGAUACAGAGGCCAAGUUAAGGCGUCAGCAACUGAAAGAAGUUUUGGUUAAACAAGCGGAGUUGGGGUGUGAGGUAGCAGAAAUACCAUCACAUUAUCUCUCUGACUCAGAGAAACAGGUUUACGGAGCAGAGCAAAAUCGUGCAGCAUUUAACAAGAAGGGAAAGUUCCGAAACAGGCCCAAUAGAAGAGGAAAACGUGAAAAUGACAGGUUUGCCAAGAAGCAAAGACUGUCAAACACCGAUUCUACCAGUACGAAUGAACAAAACGUCUCUAAACAAAUGCAAAGAACAAGAAACAACAAUACAUCAGUUGUGCAGAAGAGGGAACCGAGUCUUCUACAAAAGCUCCUAAGUGCAGAUAUCCGGAGAGACAGAGGCCGCCUGUUACAGGUCUUUAGGUUUAUGGUAAUGAACUCGUUCUUUAAAUACCAGCCGGAGAAGCCCUUGAUGUUUCCAACCGUAAUUGUUAGAGAAACCGAAGGCGAGGGCAAACCCUUGGAGCAAAAACAUUCACAUGACGAAGAUGACGAGGAAGAAGGCUCUGAAUCUCAAGUGAAUGAAAUGGAAAUUGUGAGGAAUGCAGAAUGUGAGGUUAACGAGGCUUCUGCAGAAGCUCAGGAAGAAGAGGGAGAAAUCGUUGACUAGUUUUGUUUUUGUGAAAAGUUAUAUAUGUUGUCGUAAUUUCCUUAUCAUCACAAAUGUUAUAACGCAUCAACUUUUACAUGACUGGAGAUCCCUGGAUCUCCUGCCUCCUGGCCCCUGGAUCGCGUGUGUUAAAAUUUUAGUUUGAUUUAGUUAGGCGCAUGUUUUCAUGUGUUCUGAGAUAUUGAAUACCCGACCUGGGGCCUGAGGCUACGAGGGAAAGGAGUUUGCCGCCUGGUGUCUAAAAAUGCUUAGAUUUAAACUAAAUUUUUUGUUGCUUGGAUUA